AUGUGCAUUAUUGAAACUCUCUUUGUACCAGUCUCUAUCACAGAAGAUGUUUUGCAGGUCCCGGCUUCAGACCUUCUCGUUGUGGAUAAUAGAGAUGAACAUAACGAUGUACAGAAAAAGACCUUUACAAAAUGGAUAAAUGCUCGUUUUUCCAAGAGUGGGAAGCCCCCAAUUAAGGACAUGUUCACAGAUCUAAAAGAUGGAAGGAAGCUUUUGGACCUUUUGGAGGGUCUGACAGGGAAAUCUCUGCCUAAAGAAAGAGGUUCCACGAGAGUACAUGCCUUAAAUAACGUCAACCGAGUGCUGCAAGUCUUGCAUCAGAAUAACGUGGAGUUGGUGAACAUUGGAGGAACUGACAUCGUUGAUGGGAAUCACAAGCUGACGCUGGGAUUGCUAUGGAGCAUUAUUUUGCAUUGGCAGGUGAAGGAUGUAAUGAAGAACAUCAUGUCAGACCUGCAGCAGACCAAUAGUGAGAAAAUCCUGCUGAGCUGGGUUCGGCAGUGCACGAGGCCUUACAGCCAAGUCAACGUUCUCAACUUCACCACGAGCUGGGCAGACGGACUUGCUUUUAACGCUGUUGUCCACAGGCACAAACCUGAGCUCUUCAGCUGGGAUAAAGUUAUGAAGAUGCCUCCAGUUGAGAGACUGGAACAUGCUUUCAGCAUAGCCAAAAACCACCUGGGAAUCGAAAAACUGUUGGAUCCUGAAGAUGUUGCUGUGCAGCUUCCAGACAAGAAGUCUAUUAUCAUGUAUUUAACCUCUUUGUUUGAGGUGCUUCCUAAGCAAGUGACCAUGGAAGACAUCCGUGAGGUGGAGACCCUUCCAAGGAGAUACAAACAGGAAUGUGAGGAUGGGGAAUUCAGUAUGCAGCAGGCUGUAGGACUUGAAGAGGAGCAGGGUGAUUCUAGAGCAGAAACUCCCAGCACCGUGACGGAGGUGGAUAUGGACUUGGAUAGCUACCAAGUUGCUCUGGAGGAAGUCCUCACAUGGUUGCUGUCUGCUGAGGAUACGUUUCGGGAGCAGGAGGAAAUAUCUGAUGAUGUCGAGGAAGUCAAAGAACAAUUUUCUACCCACGAAGCUUUCAUGAUGGAGCUCACUGAGCACCAGAGCAGCGUGGGCAGCGUCCUGCAGGCUGGGAACCAGCUGGUAGCGCAGGGCAAUCUGUCGCCCGAAGAGGAGUAUGAGAUCCAGGAGCAAAUGCAGCUGCUGAACAGUCGCUGGGAGGAGCUCAGGGUGGAGAGCAUGGACAGGCAGUCCCGGCUGCAUGACAUGCUGAUGGAGCUGCAGAAGCAGCAGCUGCAGCAGCUCUCCGACUGGCUCACGGUCACCGAGGAGCGCAUCCAGCACAUGGAGUCGCAGCUCUUGGCUGAAGAUUUAGAGGCUCUUCAGAAGCAGCUGGAAGAACACAAAAGCCUGCAGAGCGACCUGGAGGCCGAGCAGGUGAAGGUGAACUCCCUCACCCACAUGGUGGUCAUCGUGGACGAGAGCAGCGGGGAGGGCGCCACGGCCGUCCUCGAGGAGCAGCUGCAGAGGCUUGGUGAGCGGUGGACAGCAGUUUGCCGUUGGACUGAAGAACGACGACUCAAAUUGCAAGAAAUUCAGUUUUUAUGGCAGGAACUGCUGGAAGAGCAGUGCUUACUGAAGGCUUGGUUAACAGAGAAAGAAGAGGCGUUAAAUAAGGUCCAAACAAGCAACUUCAAAGAUCAGACAGACCUGAGCGUGAACGUUCGGAAGCUGGCCAUUUUGAAAGAGGACAUGGGCAUGAAGCGACAAACACUAGACCAGCUGAAUGAGAUCAGUCAGGAUGUGGCCCAAAUCCUUGGGAAUAACAGAGCAUCCAAGAAAAUUGACCAUGAUCAAGAGGAACUAACUCAGAGGUGGGACAGUUUGGUUCAGAAGCUAGAGGAUUACUCCAAUCAGGUAACUCGAGCCGUAGGAACUAUAGGGAUGUCUCAGGUUCCUCCGAAGGCGACUGCAGAAACAUUACUGAAGGAACAGGUUAAACAGUCCAGGCAGGAGCUGCCCCCACCACCCCCUCCCAAAAAAAGACAAGUCCCAGGGGAUGGUGAAGCAAAGAAAAGGUUUGAUGCUGAAAGUGCUGAGCUGAUGAACUGGAUUGCAAAAUCAAAAGCUGCCAUUCAGGCCACAGACAUCAAAGAGUACAAGAAAAUGAGAGAGACUUCAAACAUGAAAGAAGAGUUGAAGGUAAUAGAAAAAGAAAGGGUUGAAAAAAGCCCACAGCUAGAUGAACUGAAACGAAGUGCACAGAUGCUUUUGGAUCAGAUAGGGAAGGAGGGCCUUUCCACAGAAGAUGUAAGAAGCACAAUGGAGAAAGUGCUCUCAGGGUGGAAAGAAGUGAGUCAAUAUCUGGAGGAGGUGGCCAGAAAGAUAAAAUACCAGGAAGACAUAAAUGGUUACUUUAGGGAAAUGGGUGAACUUGAGAAGACGGUGACUGAAAAGGAAGUCUGCCUGAAGGAUGACAGUUCUUCAGCCUCGCAGCCUUCAGCAGUCCAGAGGGAGUUAGCUCAUCUCAAAAGCUUGAGCCCUCAGUUGGAACAGCUGAAAUCCACCUGCAAGAUGCUCACCUCUCAGCCCAUGCCCCCAGAUUUUAUUCAGGAGAGCCUGAGCAUUUUUCUUGAUCGCUUCAAACUGACUAGUCAGAAACUGGAGGAACGUCACCAGCAGCUGAAGAGAGAGACAGUCUGCCAGCCCAGCCAGGAUUAUUUGGACUCUCUGAAGAGCCUGAAGGAUGUGCUGAGUGAGCUGGAAUGCAAGCAGCAGUCCAUCAUGAACGGGGUGAAUGACCCAAGUAAGGUGGAAAAAGCCUUACAGCAGACAAAGACUGUCUGCGAGACACUGGAAGCCCAGAAGACCAGGAUAGAUAAGCUUGCUGAAGAAACAAAAGCUUUAGAGAAACAGGCUGCCUCUGAUACAGCAAAGGUCUACAAGCAAGAACUCAGUCAUGUACGGGGGCACUGGGACAAGUUAAAGCUCAAGACAGCCAAAGAAGUUCAACUACUGGAAGAAAUUACAUCUAAGUUCAGGAUAUUUGAGGCUGAUUCAAAAAUCAUUCAGAAGUGGAUGGAUGGCGCGAAGGACUUUUUAAUGACAGAAAAGGCUGUUCAAGGAGAUAGUGAAGGACUUCAAAGACAACUUGACCAGUGCACAAAAUUUGUUAAUGAAAUGGAGAAGGUUGAACUAUCCUUAAAAGAGAUGAAAGAAGUAGAGUCUGCUUUAAGAAAUCAGCCUGUCGCAGGCAUAAAUACGUGGGCAAAAUCUAGGCUAGCAGACUGCCAGUCACAGUGGGAGAAACUGAGCAAGCAGAUUGUUAGUCAGAAAAACCGCUUGUCUGAAAGUCAGGAAAAAGCUGUAAAUCUGAAGAAGGACUUGGCAGAGAUGCAAGAAUGGAUGACCCAAGCCGAAGAGGAGUAUCUGGAGAAAGAUUUUGAAUAUAAGUCCCCUGAAGAACUAGAGAAUGCGGUGGAGGAAAUGAAGAGGGCAAAGGAGGAUGUAUUGCAGAAGGAAGUGCGUGUGAAGAUUCUCAAGGACAACAUCAAAAUGUUGGCCACCAAAGUGCCUUCUGGUGGCCAGGACCUGAUGACUGAGCUGAAUGUGGUCCUGGAGAACUACCAGCUCCUGUGCAAUCGAAUCCGGGGGAAAUGCCACACUUUGGAGGAGGUAUGGUCCUGUUGGAUUGAGCUGCUUCAGUAUCUCGAUCUAGAAACAGCCUGGCUAAACACUCUGGAAGAAAGGGUGCAAAUGACAGAAAAUCUGUCUGAUAAGUUGGAUGCUGUCAAUGACGCUCUUGAGUCCCUGGAAUCAGUGCUGCGUCAUCCAGCUGAUAAUCGGACGCAGAUUCGGGAACUUGGGCAGACCCUGAUUGAUGGAGGGAUUCUUGAUGAUAUCAUCAGUGAAAAACUGGAGGCUUUCAAUGCUCGCUAUGAGGAACUGAGUCACUUGGCGGUAAGCCGGCAGAUCUCCCUGGAACAGCAGCUUCAGACCAUGAGAGAAACCGACCACAUGCUGCAGGUCCUGCAGGAAAACCUAGUGGAGCUGGACAGACAGCUGACGUCCUACCUGACCGAUAGGGUGGAUGCCUUUCAGAUGCCCCAGGAGGCUCAGAGGAUGUACCAAAUAACAAUCUCAAUGGCUUUCAAUUUAGCAAGCUGUCACUGGAGCCAGAGUACUUCAAAUAAACCUGGUCACAUUUACUUUUACAUGGUGGAUUCACUUCUGCUGGGUAAUAGGUCUCCCCGUGGUGCAACUCAGCUGGAUGCCUUGCAGAGAAAACUCCGGGAAGUGUCUACGAAGUAUCAGCUUUUUCAGAAACCAGCCAAUUUUGAGCAGCGCAUGUUGGAUUGCAAGAGGGUAUUGGAUGGUGUAAAAGCAGAACUUCAUGUCUUGGAUGUGAAGGAUACUGACCCAGAUGUCAUCCAAGCUCAUCUGGACAGUUGCAUGAAACUCUAUAAAACCCUCAGUGAGGUGAAAUUGGAAGUUGAAACUGUCAUCAAGACAGGAAGACAAAUUGUACAGAAACAACAGACAGAUAAUCCCAAAGGAAUGGAUGAACAACUAACAGCACUGAAAUUCCUCUACAAUGACUUGGGGGCACAGGUGACUGAAGGAAAACAAGACCUCGAAAGAGCAUCCCAGCUGGCACGCAGGAUGAAGAAGGAGACUGCCUCCUUGUCGGAGUGGCUGGCGGCCACUGAGGCUGAGCUAGUGCACAAGUCCACUUCAGAGAGCUUGCUCUCUGACCUGGAUUCAGAAAUUGCCUGGGCUAAGAACGUGCUGCGGGAGCUGGAGAGGAGGAAGGGCGACCUGAAGAGCAUCACUAGUGCGUGCUCAGUAGCUGUGGGUAGUGCUCAGUGGAAUCAUCAGAGCCAGCUGGAGAUCUUUGAUGAAAACGUUGCCCACAUAAGUACUUGGUUGUAUCAGGCUGAAGCCUUGUUGGACGAGAUUGAGAAAAAGCCAGCAAGCAAGAAGGAGGAAACAGUGAAGCGUUUGACGUGUGAGUUAGAUGAUGUUAGCCUGCGAGUGAAUAACGUGCGUGACCAGGCCAUCAUCCUCAUGAAAGGCCGAGGGGUGUCGUGUCAUGAGCUUGUUGAACCCAAGCUGGCCGAGCUCAACCGUAACUUUGAGAAGGUCUCUCAACACAUCAAAAGUGCCAAGAUGCUUGUUGGACAAGAACGACUUCCUGUCAUGUCAGAGCCCCGGGAAGUCAGAGUGGCUUUUCCAGAUCUGGAUAAAUUUGAGUGUGACAUACAGAGCAUAUUAAAGGCUGUGGAAAAGCAUGUGGAGUCGAGUGAGGAAGAUGAAAAGCUGGAUCAAGAAAGAGCUCAGAUUGAAGAGGUUUUGCAGAGAGGAGGGCAACUGUUACAGCAGCCCAUGGAGGACAGUAGGAGAGAGAAGAUCCGCAUACAGUUGUUGCUUCUGCAGAGCAAGUACAACAACACACAGGAGUGUAGGUCAUUUCAAAGGAGGCAGGUGGUAGAACUCUCUCCAGUGUUUUCACAGUAUAAGAAGGCACAGGAUAGUCUAAUUAAAUGGCUGGAUGAGGCUGAGCACAAUCUCUCAGGGCUGCAAGGAGUGGAAGAUGAACAAAAGUUACAG